AUAUCCAAACGGGGCUAUCUAUUGCAAAACGUCGGGACCGUUUCGCCGCGAAGAGACCAAGCUCUUCGAAAACCUUCUUCUUCUACUUCUCAUAUAAAAGCAUCUCUCUCUCUCUCUCUCUCUCUCUCUGCGUGUAUCACAGUCUUUGAUGUGCAAACUUGGAGUUGAACAAGCAUGAUGAAUUCACAGACAGACAAACUGGUGAGAAGGACAACCAUGGUGGCAACUGUCACUGCUUCCUAUUUUCUCUUGACCGCUGACUAUGGCUCAGAACCGAACGCUCUCGAUCCUAUUAAGAAGGCAAUAAUGUCAGCACAAAAUUCUGUUAAGGAGUACGUAUUUGGACCAAAGAAGGAGUCUCAAGAGGGUCAAUUGGGGAAGCUGGGAUCCCGUGGCACCAAGGAGCAUCCUUAGUUAACGGCAGUUCACUUUGUAUAGGGAACUUUAUGGGUUUUAGAGAGGUUCUUACAAGAAUUGUCGAGUAUUUGAAAGUUGUAUGUAAUAUGGAACGUAGUUCUUUUGGGCCUUUGGCACAUCUUUUAUUUUGUCUCAUGGAUUUCAUAUAUUCGGAUCUCUGGCUGAAACCAAAACUUUACAUCAUGUUGACAUUACAUGCUACGGAUUGGAGAGCAUGUACAUUUUGUUGAA